AACCCGCGCUCAUAAAAAACGGGGUUUUUUUCAUUUCAUUUCGCGUUCGUUCUCCAACAAUCGUCUCAACUCUCAAUUCUCGUCUUCCCUUCGUUCCGUUGUUCCCGAUGAAGGCGGCUUUGAAGGGUAAGUAUGACUUAGACAAAAACGGCGGUGCCGCCGCAACCGUUGCCUUCAACGCCGGCGAUGUCAAGCUUCGCACUUCGAUAACAGAAGCUACCAUCGUCAAUGGACCCAGCUUAACCGGAUUGGCUCUCGCCGUCGAGAAACCUGGCUUUUUUAUAGUCGAUUACAAUGUUCCCAAAAAGGACGUUCGAUUUCAGUUCAUGAACACCGUCAGGAUUGCCGACAAGCCAUUGAAUUUGACUUACACACAUAGCUGGGGCGAUAACAGGACUGCUUUGGAUGGAACAUUAAUAAUCGAUCCCGCUAAUAAGUUCUCGGCUAACCACACGCUUGGUUCAGGAAAUUGCAAGUUGAAGUACGCUUAUGUUCAUCAGGGGGUGACUACGUUCGAGCCAUCCUAUGAUUUGGCUAAGAAUUCAUGGGAUUUUGCAGUUUCACGGAGAGUUUACGGUGAUGAUUUGCUGAAGGCGUCAUACCAGACAUCAAGCAAACUAUUGGGGCUAGAAUGGUCGCGGAAUUCAAAGCAGAGUGGGUGCUUCAAGAUUGCAGCAUCCCUUAACUUGGCUGAGGAGUUGAAAGUUCCGAAACUUAGCGCUGAAACCACUUGGAAUUUCGAGAUGUAGUAGCGUGCUUCCAUCAUCUCCCCUUAAUUUAGAUCUGAUGUCUUCCGGCAUAUUUUGCCUUUCGAUUGAUACUCUACUUCAAUUUGAAGUGUGACCUGGUCACAUUGCAAUAACUGCUGAAUUUAUUGUCAGAUGUUUGAUUCUUGAACGGUCAUAGUGUUGUCGGCACAUUGCAAAAAGCAUUUUUAUUAUAAAAGUUGACAUUUGAAUUGA